UGCACAACAACAAGCCUCUCCUUCCCACACCAGACUAUCCUGAAUUUGUAUCCGUACGAACUGCAAUUUUUUUUAUUUUAGUUGCACACUGCAAGAGAAGCUCUGCGUCCUCCAGACACAACGAUCCGUCAUGAACUCUGGAAGCAGGCACUGAGACGAAACAGAGAUGCAGAUGUUUGGGACGCUACAUCGCCUCCUCCUGGCUGGGCUCCUCUGUCUCUGUGUCGAUGGAACCCCUGUCCCCCUUCAAAACUUCACCCCUGGGCAGGACAGUGACUGUGACAGACAGUGUGCCAGCUCAGUAACAACUGUUGGGUCAAUGCUCACCACAGAUGUAAAGUCUGAACCCUCAGAUACAGAACAUGUGACUGGCCUGAUACUGAAUGUAGGUGCAAGAGGCGGGGCUGGCCCGCAUGGAAGACCUGAGGGGACAGCUCCUGUGACACAGACAGCAAAUGGGGACAGCUUUGAUGGAAGAUCUGGGCCGAGUGAGGCUGGCGGAGAGGCAUGGAGCCAAAGGAGCGAGGUAAAGAAGGUUGGGAGCACUUCUGAGAUGGGAGACGCUCAAAGGCAGUCGGAGGCAGUUUCAGUGCUGCCUGUUGAUCCAGAAGGUAAAAAAGAGAGCAUAUUUGUCACCAAUGAGCCUAUAUUAAGUCCUACAGGUGGGAGGAAGCAGUUGGACAGAGCUGUGAGUACCACAAGGUUGAUUCCAGAUGGAUUUUUUGCCUCCUCCACAGUGCCACCACAGCUGAGCAUCACAGCCAGCAAAGACCAAAGCGGGGAGGACCGAACAAAACUGCCUGGUUAUGGAGAUUCUCUGCAGGAUAAAGACCCAGAAACGAGCUCGCCGUCCUCUAAAGAACCUCCCACCCCUGGAGAAAGGAUGCAGAAACUGACCUCCCACAGUCCCAUCCCUCCCUCGGUCUUUGUCUCCCCUCGGACCUCCACACCUUUGUCCAUUUGGGGCCACAGUGGAGCUACAAUAUCCUCCCUCCCAGACCCCCUGUUACCUGAAAUUGGACCAAAUCUGAUGCCCAGAGAGGAUGGACCAGAAAGCCUGUGGACUGAGGCAGCAAGGCCUGGUGCAGCAGACACCGUGGUCCCGCUGUCUCAGGAUGAAGCCACAGAGGGCACCAUGUCAUCAGAAGCUCUGCCUCUCAUCUUUGAGCCCUUUGAAGAUGUCACACCAGAGGGGGCACCAGCUGAAGCAGAGGCAGCGGUCACACUGGUGCCAGGCAGUGCUCAGCCUCCUGCUGCCAUGGCUACCGGAGGAAUGCCUCUGUCAGAGGUGGACCUGGACCAGCUGGUCACCGUGGAGACAGACAGUGAUGGUCCCUCGCAUGCCCCGCCCCUGUUGAUGCCAGACUGGACGUCACCUUGGCAGACGUCUGGCGCUGAGCUGCCGGAGCCAAUCAGCUCCUCGGGCCCGUCUGUUUCACAGCGGCGAGCCGGAACUGAGCCGGAUGAUCAUCCUGAGAGAGGCGCUGUGAGGACACAGAACCUCCAGGAGGACUUGCCCACCACUGGCCCCUCCUUCUCAUCCUUCCAGCAUGCUAUGACAACGGUUACCAUGGAAACCCAUCAGGCCAUGCACAAAUCCAGAUCAGGGUUAGAGGAGAUGGAGUCUGAAGAGGAGCCAGAUGAAGAAGAGGAUGAUGAGAACUCUGAGGAGUCAGUGGAGGAUGACAGCGAGGAGGACCUAACAGAAACACCUAAAACGUCCUCAACGCCUCCUCCGUACAGCCUCAUCCCUCCACCUCCUGUAUGGGUUCAACGCAACCAGGGGCUGAUGCGGAGCUGGGUAGAGCUGAUCAGAGAAAAGGCGGGUUAUGUGUCUGGGAUGUUGGCCCCUGUGGGUAUUGGCAUCACUGGGGCCCUGCUAAUCGUAGGUGCCCUCUACAGCAUCAGGAUGAUUCACCGCAAAAGGAGAAACAGCUUCAAACACCAGAGGAGGAAGGUCAGACAGCCAGAGCAACCUCGAGAGCCUGGGACCAGCCGUCAGGACCAGGCCAUGCUGCUGGCCGACAGCUCUGAGGAUGAAUUCUGAUGAGACCGUUUUGGGCUCCUUUUGUCAGUGACCAAUGGCUGAUGCUCCUGCAAAGGAGGCUCGGCGAACACCCCCAUCGCUAUGACUACCGCAUCUCCAAUCACCCUGGGCUGUUUGGCUAAAACUCAUCUGAUCCACAGAGUGUGACUGAGUAUAGGGCACAAUUUGCACAAGCUGCACAAAGGUCAGCUUUGUAUUCCCCCUUUCUAAAAGUACCAAUGUGAGCACUUUUCUGAAUGUUGUCAGGUGAUGUUGACUCUAAUGGCUCGGCAGGACUGGUGUGAUGCACUGACAUAAAAAAUAAUAUUGCAUAAAAAACAAAAUGCAUUAGCAGGGUGUUGACAGGAUGGAAGUGUUUCUGGUACAUUGAGGUUUUGGCUUUGUGGAGUUGAGGGGGAAAGUGAGGACCAGAAAUUAAAAAGGGCUGUAGAAGAGUUACAUUACAUAAAAAAAUGUAGAUAUAUGUAGGCUACUGUAUAAGUAGCUGAUUUGGGGUCAGUCUUGUUAGUGUAAAUACAUUUUUCUUUCUUGGUAUACAUUUAAGAUAUUUAAAGGAAGUGUUUAAUAUUUUGGGAAACUGCUGAGAGUUAGAUGAAGAGAUUGAUGCCAUUCAUCCGUUAGCUGGAGCUAACAGCCGGAUAGCUUAACUUAGCAUAAAGACUGGGUUCUGCCCAAAGGAACAAAACCGGCCUACCAAACCCCUAAAAGAUCACUAAUAGACAUGUUUGUUUAACGCAUACA